UAAGGGCAAGAUUGAAUGUCCAGGGCAUAGUGUGAAUCUAUCCAUCCAUUUCGACAUGAACGCUGGUCUGCUACUUCUACUCGUUUCCGGCACUUUAGGGGCGGUUUCUCCACUUAACUACCUGUUUGGAACAGUUCCUAAAGACGAGUACGAUUGGAAGAUCGUUGGUGGUAGUGAUGCACCAGAAGGAGCGUAUCCUUACCAAGUCUCACUGAGAAGCUUCGGGAGCCAUAACUGCGGUGGUUCCAUCAUUGACGCGACUACGGUUAUGACCGCCGCACACUGCGUCACUGGAUCCAAUCCGAGUUACUUGCGUGUUGUAGCAGGUUCCAAUAAACUCAACUCAGGAGGCGUUACGUACGAAAUUGAAUCCAUUAGGGCCCACACCGAAUACGACUCCUGGCGCUUUACAAAUGACAUCGCCCUUUUAAAGUUGAAAACUCCCAUUUCAUUUACGGAUAAAGUGAAAGCCGUCGAUUUAGAAAGUGAAUACCUCGGUGCUGAAGUAGACUGUGUUUUGAGUGGGUGGGGAAGGUUGAACUAUCCAGGAUCCCUUCCAAACAACCUCCAACACAUCGAUCUGAAGACUAUUACGAGCGAAGAUUGUGCCAAGCUCCUCAAUCACGACUCCGUGGAUCGCACGCACAUUUGCACUUUAACUAAGGCUGGCGAAGGAGCAUGCCAUGGUGAUUCCGGUGGUCCAUUGGUCGCCAACAAGCAAAUUGGUAUCGUGUCCUUUGGGCGGCCAUGCGCUAAGGGUUAUCCUGAUGCCUUCACUAGAGUGUCCGCCUUUACGGAGUGGAUCGAAGAAAAUAGACAUUGAAUGAACAUAUAAUAAAUUAAAAAAAUUAUAAACUAAAA